UAGAGAAGGACAUGGAUGUCUUGCGUCGGUGCCGAGCUAUGGCUUCCCUUAACUGGUCUGUUAAACUUACACAUUCCUGAGACACCUCUUUAUAACACGGCACAGUGGUAUUUUGUCAACGAUCAUUGAGAAAUAUGGCGGAGGACGAACUCGCUGCGUUCAGGAACAGUUGGAAACAAGAAUUAACGAGUAAAAAAGAGGAGCAGCGACUUGUUUUCGCUCCUUCCCCUCCCUGCGACGUCCCUUGUCAGUCAAGCCAGAGAGACUUGAAAAACAGGUAUUUUGAAGACAUAAAAAAUAUCAACAAGGCCUGCAGUCCUUCAAAACCAGAGGAGGGUGGCUGCACUGAGGAUGAAGGGUGUAUCGGUGGAGGGAAAGCUGCAGCAGAGUCAGAGGAUCAGCCUAAGUAUGUGUUCAUUGCAAGUAGUUUGCUGGACGGGAGGACCAGUCCCCUGCUGGGCAGGAUUCAGGAGGAGAGAACCAGGAGAAAGAGACAGUAUCAAAACACGACUAAUGUCUGCAGCGCAUCCCUGCAGCAGCAGCCUCAGAGAAAGGUCAAGAAAGACGAGGAGCUGCUGGAUCAACUCAUUCAGGAUCUGAAUGAAGUCAAUGACAUUCCCUUCUUUGAUAUUGAAUUGCCCUACGAGUUAGCCUUGAAGAUAUUCCAGUAUCUCAACUGUACUGAGCUAGGCCGAUGUGCACAGGUGAGCAGGGCAUGGAGAGUCCUUGCAGAGGACGGCGUCCUGUGGUUCAAGAUGUGCACGAGGGAGGGUUAUCACCAGGACGCCAGCGUGUCCGACUCCCCUUGCUGGAAGAGCACGCUGCGAGACUGCAGGAACUCGGCCAAAACGGUGUGCUCCAACUGGAAGAAUCGAGUGGGAUCCAUCACACAGCUGCAGUUCGAGCUGGGGAAGGUGCUGUGUGACGUCAGCUCCUGUGACAACUUUGUCUUGGCCGGGUACACGUCUGGUGAUGUGAGGCUGUGGGAUACGUUGCACUGGGACUCAGCGGCCUCUUACCUGAAGACUAACUGCCUGUCAGCGAACUCUGACCCUAGACCUUAUGCUAGUCACGUCCAGGUCAACAGCACAGUGGCUGCUGCUGCUUAUGGAGAUGGAUGUGUGGACCUGUGGAGCACAGAGACAGGUGGAGAGCCCAUCCACCACUACCAGAGCCCAGGUGGGAUCCAGGCUCUGGCCCUGAGCCCUGACAGUCCCGUCUUGGGCUCCGCCGCCGGGCCUGACAUUCGGCUGGACUGUGCCGAUGAUCGCGGCUACUGGAGGACACUCUGCCAUGCUCGGCUACCCAAGACUGUAGAGAGCCUGGUCUUGGUUCCAGGCAGGCGGCAGCAGUGCCCGCUGGCGGCCCUGGCGGCGGGAGAGGCCGUGUACCUGUUGGACCCCCGGCAGGAGGAGCCACAGAUGCUCCACUCAGUCUACGGUCAUCCGGUUACCUGCCUGGAUGCCUCCGACUCCCAUGUUGCACUUGGAGUGAAGCGCACAGGCUGGGCCAUGCACGACGGAGGAAACAAGAUCCACGUCUACAGCAUAGAAACGGGCAAACCUGUGGUUUGUGUCGGCAACUCGGUGGGAGAUUUUACUUGCAUUGACCUGAGAGACGGCCCUCCUCACCUGCUGGUGUGUGGAAACAAAGAUAGGAGGGUGAGGGUGUUUGACCUGCGAGCCGGCUCUUCUGUGGUGUCCCUGUACGCCCACCACCUGGGUGUCACCUUUGUGCGGGCAGACGACUGGAAGAUCGUGAGCGGCGGAGGCGAAGGGUUGGUGUGUGUGUGGGAGAUGAGGAUGGGAGCGAAGCUGUGGGAGAUGCACAACAGACAUCCUGUAAGGCAUGUACACUUCAACACCAGCACCCUGGUAACCGCAAACAUCCCCGAUGACAAGUCGCCACGGGGGGCCUGCAUCACAGAUGAUGACCUUACAGCUCACCGCAGACACAGAGGAGUCAUUUGCCAUUACGACUUCUCUGAGGACGCGCUGUCACAGGAUCACAUCCUGCCCAUCUGCAGGUCCGACUACAUCGAAUCGCACGGCUACAACUACAACAUCAGCCUGGCAGUGCCUUACGACAGGCUGUCUGGCUCCCAUGCGUCCCACUGACGUGUAGUUUUCCAAACUGCAUCUGAACGGACAAUAGAAACUUUCACCCUCUCCAAACGGUAUCUUUUUAUUUAAUUUGUUUUCUUUUAAUAUACUAGAAAAAUCAAGCUUUUUGAAAAUGUAACAUUUCACUGUAUAUUUAAUUGUUGUGUAAUUUAACAAUGUUGAAUUCAGCAGCCCAGAUGUUGCACAGGAUCUCAGCCUUGUAAACCAUUAAUUAAUUAAUUUUUAAUUGAUGUUUGGCUUCCUCCUGGAUAUGAUUCAGUUCCAGUGUGCAACAUCACAGCAAUAAAAGACAUCAUAUUUCUACCUCA